AUGACUCUUCUAGGAGCAGCUAUUGGUGUGUCUGUGUUUCGCAGUUCAGGCCUCUUGGAGCAUUUUAUUAACGUGAAAUGGGGAAAAGAGAAAUUCGAUGGUGUGGAGCUUAACACUGAUGAACCUCCCAUGGUCUUCAAAGCUCAGUUGUUUGCACUGACUGGAGUUCAGCCAGCUAGACAGAAGGUUAUGGUUAAAGGAGGAACUCUGAAGGAUGAUGACUGGGGAAACAUAAAAAUAAAGAAUGGGAUGACCUUAUUAAUGAUGGGUUCUGCAGAUGCACUUCCAGAAGAGCCAGUUUCUCGACCCGUCUUUGUAGAAGACAUGACAGAGGAACAGUUAGCUUCAGCUAUGGAAUUACCAUGUGGAUUGACAAACCUUGGCAACACUUGCUACAUGAAUGCUACAGUUCAGUGUAUUCGCUCUGUGCCAGAAGUGAAAGAGGCCCUUAAAAGGUAUGGUGGUGCCUUAAGAGCUUCAGGAGAAAUGGCCUCUGCUCAAUACAUUACUGCAGCUCUUAGAGACUUGUUUGAUUCCAUGGAUAAAACUUCCUCCAGUAUCCCACCUAUCAUUCUCCUGCAGUUUUUACAUAUGGCCUUCCCCCAGUUUGCAGAGAAAGGUGAUCAAGGACAGUACCUUCAACAGGAUGCCAAUGAAUGCUGGGUGCAGAUGAUGAGGGUACUACAGCAGAAACUGGAAGGCAUAGAAGGUGAUACAGUUAUGGAGACAGACUCUGGAGCGCCCGCAGCAGCCUCUAAAAGGAAGAGUUUAAUUGAUCAGUUCUUCAGCAUUGAAUUUGAAACAGCCAUGAAAUGUACAGAAGCUGAAGAAGAAGAGGUAACUAAAGGAAAGGAGAAUCAGCUUCAGCUUAGUUGCUUUAUCAAUCAAGAAGUGAAAUAUCUGUUUACAGGACUAAAAUUGCGUCUUCAAGAAGAAAUCACCAAACUCUCUCCAACCUUGCAGAGAAAUGCACUCUAUAUCAAAUCUUCUAAGAUUAGUCGCUUGCCAGCAUAUCUCACUAUUCAGAUGGUUAGAUUUUUUUACAAAGAGAAAGAAUCUGUGAAUGCCAAAGUCCUUAAGGAUGUUAAAUUCCCUCUCAUGUUGGAUGUAUAUGAGUUGUGUACGCCAGAACUUCAGGAAAAAAUGGUUUCUUAUCGAUCAAAAUUCAAGGACCUAGAAGACAAAAAAGUAAAUCAACAGCCAAAGAAUUCUAGUAAAAGUGAUGGUGCACAGAAAGAAGUUAAAUACGAACCAUUUUCUUUUCCUGAUGAUACUGGUUCUAAUAAUUGUGGCUAUUAUGACCUGCAGGCAGUGUUAACACAUCAAGGCAGAUCAAGUUCCUCUGGGCAUUAUGUGUCUUGGGUUAAAAGGAAACAAGAUGAAUGGAUUAAAUUUGAUGAUGACAAAGUCAGCAUUGUUACACCUGAAGAUAUUUUGCGGUUAUCUGGGGGUGGAGACUGGCAUAUAGCUUACGUUCUACUCUAUGGGCCUCGCAGAAUUGAAGUAAUUGAAGAUGAAGCUGAAUAGUAGUCUUCAGUUUUAGUCAUUCUGCCUAGGUGUGAAAUAAAUGUUGAUUACUGAUCACUUCUUUAACCCCAGAGCUUUAGCAAGUGGAUAUGUAAUUUGUUCAGACUUUUUCAUGUGAAGAGGGUUAUUGUUUAAAAACUGAUCCAUGUACCAAUUAGUCACUGCUGGACUGGACUGCCCUCUGUGGUGGUGACAAUACUUAAAAUAGCUUUAAUGUCUUGCAGAAGAUAAUUUUUUUUUUUAAAUGAGCCUCCUUCCCCCUUCCCCUCUAAUGUCGUCAAGUAUUUAUUACACACCUAUUCUCACAUUUGUUACUCUUGCAUGGUUUAUACCACAGUUCAGUAGCUGUCCGUUCUUUGCCUUACCUGGCAAUUUUGUCAGGAAGGUAGAAGGAAAACUGUUGCCUCGUUGCGUAACUCAGUGCUGCUGCCCAUAGCCAACAACCAUGGCUACAAUCAAGUACUUUGUCCAGCCUGACCUGCUGAUUCAGUCUGUUCUGUUGCUGGCAUUUCAUGACUUUAAAAUAAAUUGUGAUCAAUAACAAUGUGUCUCCAUUAAAAAUGGUCAUGUAUUGAUAGUGUA